UGGCUAUGUGUCAAAACUCAAAAGUUUAUAACAUAAUAUUUUAGCUGCGAAGUACUAUAGCUUCUCACUAUUUUUUCAUAAAAAGAUAUAUUUAAUUCAAAAGUGAGUCCUAAAAAUAUAAAAAUGCCUGACCACUUAGGCGAUGCAAUGAGGAAGGUGAAAGAUGACAAAGAAGAACCAGAGAAAGAAAUAAAAUCCCUAGAUGAAGGUGAUAUUGCAUUAUUAAAAUCAUACGGCCAAGGCCAGUAUACAAAGAUCAUAAAGGAAGUGGAAGAUGGUAUCCAGACUGUGAUGAAAAGGGUAAAUGAACUCACGGGAAUUAAGGAGUCAGACACUGGACUAGCACCACCGGCAUUGUGGGACUUAGCAGCUGAUAAACAGACAUUACAAAAUGAACAACCUUUACAGGUAGCAAGAUGCACAAAAAUCAUCAAUGCAGACUCCAACGACCCAAAAUACAUUAUUAAUGUAAAGCAGUUUGCCAAAUUUGUUGUUGAUCUUGCUGAUUCUGUAGCACCAACAGAUAUCGAAGAAGGAAUGAGAGUGGGUGUUGACCGCAACAAGUACCAAAUUCAUAUACCACUGCCACCAAAGAUAGACCCUACAGUCACAAUGAUGCAGGUAGAAGAGAAACCAGAUGUGACAUACAGUGAUGUUGGCGGUUGUAAGGAACAGAUUGAGAAGCUAAGAGAAGUUGUGGAGACUCCAUUAUUGCAUCCUGAGAAGUUUGUGAAGCUGGGCAUUGAGCCACCGAAGGGUGUGUUACUGUUUGGGCCCCCCGGUACCGGUAAAACAUUGUGUGCAAGAGCUGUUGCCAACAGAACUGACGCCUGCUUCAUUAGGGUUAUUGGUUCAGAAUUGGUGCAAAAAUAUGUUGGUGAGGGUGCACGGAUGGUGCGUGAGUUAUUCGAAAUGGCGCGCAGCAAGAAGGCCUGUCUAAUUUUCUUUGAUGAAAUCGACGCUAUAGGUGGCGCUAGGUUUGAUGAUGGUGCCGGAGGUGACAAUGAGGUUCAGAGGACUAUGUUGGAACUCAUCAAUCAGCUGGAUGGAUUUGAUCCAAGAGGAAAUAUUAAAGUGCUGAUGGCCACGAACCGACCGGACACAUUAGACCCGGCGCUGAUGCGUCCUGGGCGUCUGGACCGCAAGGUGGAGUUUGGUCUGCCGGACCUGGAGGGACGUGCGCACAUCUUCCGGAUCCACGCGCGCGCCAUGAGCGUCGAGAGAGACAUCCGGUUCGACCUGCUCGCGCGUCUCUGUCCCAAUUCCACCGGAGCAGAGAUCAGAUCUGUGUGCACCGAGGCGGGAAUGUUUGCGAUCCGAGCGCGCCGCAAGGUGGCCACGGAGAAGGAUUUCCUUGAGGCUGUCAACAAGGUCAUCAAGUCAUACGCCAAGUUCUCGGCCACACCGCGCUAUAUGACUUACAACUAAUUAUUAUAGUCAUCCUAUCCUUGAUAUUCAAUAAAUAAUAAAAUAAAAUAA